AUGCCCUUAGAUUUCUUCACCUUGACCGAAAGAGCAUUGCAAUUAUUGCUCUUCAACGAGGAAUGCCUAGUAAGCGCGUGUCAUCAGCAUGCGUUGAUUACGUCCCUGCCCUUUGUACACACCGCCCGUCGCUACUACCGAUUGAAUGGCUCAGUGAGGCCUUCGGACUGGCUCGGGGAGGUUGGCAACGACCACCCUGAGCCGGAAAGUUUCCGUAGGUGA